CUCGUACAAAGGGCACCUCUCGCUCAAUUUGAACAAUCAACCUAUAUCUCUUUAUCGACAGGCUAACCGAUGGAGCGAUCCCUUCUCGUCUUAGUUCCUCUCAUAACACUCUUUAUUGUACAUUACUCCUCCGCCCUUUCCUGCUAUUCUUAUGACGGCUUCUCCUAUCCUGACCAGCAGAUCUGUCCGGGUACUUCCCAAUGCUGCGGCAUUCAGGCCAACUGCACCCAGAAUCGGCUUUGCGAGAACGAAGGGGAGCGCAAAGGCACUUUUGUAAGGGGGCCAUGUGCUGUCCACCCGUGGGACCCAGCCGUCUGCGCAACUAUUUGCCUCUACGAUGAACAGCCUCAGGGCGGCGUGUUUCCUCGGGCAACGGUUUGCAAUGACGGUAGCUAUUGCUGUAACAACGAUUCAUCGUGUUGCGCCAACGGGAGCGGCGUGUUUCUCGACCGCGCAGGAAACAUCAUCGAGACCCAGUCACCAUCGUCCUCGCCGACUCCAUCGCUAUCGCCUACGCCAUCGUCAACUGCGUCCAGCCCUAUCUCAACCACAUCAUCCUCGAGCAGCUCAGCCCCUAUACAAUCGAACCCAUCCAGUUCCUUGUCUCAUGGAGCCAAAGUGGGCCUGGGUGUCGGUAUAAGCUUCGGAGCCAUGGUCAUCGUCGCCCUUGCGGUCAUCCUUUGGUUCCUCUGGAAGCGACGCCAGCCUUCUGAUCCUCAUCAUACCGCGCUUUCCGAACUACCCACGUUCUACUCAUAUCCGGCCGCUGGAAAGGACACCAAUCAGUAUCAUGAGUUGCAUGCGCCCGCGGCCGGAAGCCCACGGGAACUGCCCUAAACGUAUGGCCUUUCUAGACAUAUGUUUCUCAGAGUGCAAGCGUCAGAGAUUAGUUAGCAGGUGCAAGUGCCAGGCGGCUACUGUACUAGCAGGCAGAAAACCAGGCGCUGCCACCUAGACUGCUGGACGGGAUAGGAUAGUUUAACCAAGUUCCGCUAUUCGAAAUUCAACGUCUUCUGUACUCCAUAGUCCCAAUGC